AUGAAGCGCAUGAUGAUACCAGCGCCCACGGUCCGGCGAUUUUCUUCCGCCAUUGCUAGAAACCGCACAUCGUUGCGAUGCCUCGCGGAGAGCUUCACCGCGACUCACGAUUUUGAGAUGCCCAGUUUCCCUCUUUUCGACCGCACGGGCGCCCACAGGUAUGUUCGCUCGAGCCGAUUCAGCGUCGGCGGCCACAACUGGGUCAUCGGGUUUCGCCCAAAUAGUUUCAACCAUGCUUCGGCCAAUUUAUUUUGUGUCGACCCAGCUCAGGAUGUGAGAGCCAGGUUCACCUUCAACAUGCUGGAGAAAGAUGGCGGGGCAUCGCUAACCAACCAUGGCGCGAUCGAGCAUGUCUUCUCGCCCAAAAGUGACUGCCGGGGCUACUUCAAAUUCGUCGAGAAAUCCAAGCUGGAACCGUCGGCCGGCGACAGCGGUGGCCACUCCCUGACCAUAAGGUGCGAUCUCACCGUCAUCACAAAGCCCGACGUUGUGGUUAACAGGAACAAACUAUUCUUGCUUCCGCAGCCGGAUCUGGCAGGCCAUCUCCAGCAGAAGUGGAAGGAUGGCCAGGGAGCAGAUGUGACAUUCAGUGUGGGUGGCCAAUUGUUCAAAGCUCACAGAUGCUUAUUGGCUGCAUGGUUUCUGGUUUUCAAGGCGGAGCUCUUUGGUCCCAUGAAGGAGAAGGAAACACAGUGCAUCAAAAUCGACGACAUCGACCCUGAAAUCUUUGAGGCUCUUCUUCACUUCAUAUACACAGAUUCCAUGCUAGUCGAUGAGCACUACAAAGAAAGCAAACCUGCAAAACUGCAUCAUCUGCAAGUUGCCUCGGAUCGAUAUGGAUUGGAUAGGCUAAAGGUGAUGUGUGAAAGUAAAUUGUCUCAGUGCAUUGACGUAGAGACUGUUGCAACAACAUUAGUUUUAGCAGAGCAACACCAUUGCAAGGAUCUCAAAGAAGCUUGCAUUGAGUUUAUGGCUCCAUGUAAUGUUCUGCAAGCUGCCAUGGCAACUGAUGGUUUCAAGCAUUUGGUAGCAAGCUGUCCUUUGGUCAUGAAGGAGUUAUUAGACAUGGUGUCCCGUAGUGGCUAGUCCGGUUCAGAGCUCAAAUUGCCAUAUGUGCAACUAGUUAUGCAGACUGCUAGUUUCUAUCCAUCAUCCUUGGUUACCUAUGACUUUUUACCGUGAUAUUGUGAUGUUUCUUCUUU